AUACAAUGUUUUAAUUGCCACACGCGCACGACCCCACUUUGGCGCAGAGAUAAGGAUGGAAACACUAUCUGUAAUGCCUGUGGGCUGUAUUAUAAAUUGCACAGCGUUCAAAGACCCAUAGCAAUGAAGAGAACGACUAUUAAGAGACGUAAGAGA